UAAGAAAACCGACAGUAUACGUUACAAGUUCGCUGAGAUUGUUGUGGUCGCCAGUUGGAUGAGUCACGAUGAAGUUUUGUGUACCGCACCACCUCAUAGCCAAGGCGUUUUCACGCUGGAAUUGACUCGAAAUGGCCAGGAUUACAGAUACACUGAUACCGUUUACAUACUACGAGGAACAAGGAGUCCGUUCCAUUUCCCCCACUUUUGGCCCAGCACAUGCAGCUGGAACUCGAAUUGAUAUGGACGGAGUGGCGUUGGUGAAUUUUUCCUUGUUAUCCUGUCGCUUCGGCUACGUCGUGACUCCCGGUGAGUACAUUAGUCCAACAAAGAUGCGAUGCACAACGCCACCUCUACCGACUCACAGUGGUGGCCUCUUGCCUGCAUCGCUGCCGGAGUAUCGAAAUCAAAACGUUGAUCCAAAUGUUGGCAGUUUCUACUUGUUCCCGGACGCGCAUUACUACCCGCAGUACUUUACCCGAUUAGUGUCCGUGGAAGUGUCCAACAACCAGCAGGAUUUCUCUCUCAGUGGAAUCAACUUCCUGUACUACCAAGACGAAACUCUCGAGGCCAUCGCCCCAACUCAAGCGUUCGACAGUGACGAGCCUCUGUCGAUUUUUGCCUAUGGACAGAACUUCAUUAACACGACAGCGUUGGCCUAUCGUCUUAGACUGCAGACGUUUGCAGCGACGUUCGUGACCUCGAAGUUAUUGCUGUGCGAGGAGUCAUAUAGUGUAGAACUCCACCAAUACCGUCGUCCAGUUGAGCAAUCUCUGUAA